GUGUGGUAGGUAAGAUAUCAGUGAGCUUUCCUCAUUCACAGCAAAUUAAUGGAGUCUCACUCUCUAACCAUUCGCGCCAAAUUCCCAAACCAUUUCCACAUUUCAUCAUCUCUUCCUCGUCUGGCCAUUAUCAAUAUACCAAACCCUAAAUUUCUCUUCAUAUUACCUUCUUCUCCGAUGCCUCUUCUUACAUCUUCACGACGACUUGAAAUCCACCGCAGGAGGACCUCUUUUUCACGGCAGUCUUCGAAUUCGAGCUCAAAGUUUAUCGCACGCGCCGUGGGAAGUGAUUCUGACCGCCAAUCAAAUGUGUCUAGAGAGCUAAUCAUUUUGAACUCUGCUUUAACUCUGGUGCUUGGGGUUGCGAAUCGUGUACUUUACAAACUUGCCCUUGUUCCUAUGAAGGAAUACCCGUUUUUUCUAGCUCAGGUUACCACUUUUGGGUACUUGACUAUUUACUUAUCCAUAUUGUAUGCGAGAUAUCGUGCUGGUAUUGUAACUAACGAGAUGGUGGCCUAUCCAAAAUCACGCUUUUUGCUCAUUGGUUUCCUUGAAGCCCUGGGGGUUAUUUCUGGAAUGUAUGCUGGAGCAAUGCUUCCUGGACCAGCCAUACCGAUACUUAACCAGACCUUCUUGGUGUGGCAGUUGGCUCUCUCUGUUUUCAUACUUGGGCGAAGAUACUCGAUGAAUCAGAUAGGCGGAUGCUUACUGGUGGCUGCUGGAGUGGUACUAGCCGUAACAAGUGGACCAGACUCCAAUCAGAUGCUGGCAGGAAUCGCAUUUGUUUGGCCAGUAUUGAUGGUUGCUUCGAGUGCAUUCCAAGCCGCUGCGUCUGUUAUUAAGGAGUUCGUUUUUAUUGAUGCUGCCAGCAGACUCAAGGGGAAGGUUCUUGAUAUUUUUGUCGUCAAUUCUUUUGGAUCUGCAUUCCAGGCUCUUUUUGUUCUCCUUUUUCUGCCUUUUCUUUCAAACUUGAAGGGGAUACCAUUUUCUGAGCUCCCUUCAUUUCUUAAGAGCGGUGCUGGUUGCUUCUUCAACAUAGGGAACAAUAUUUCAGGUUGUGAUGGGGCGCCGUUGCUACCCCUUCUUUACAUAUUUACAAAUAUUGCUUUCAACAUAUCAAUUCUCAAUCUUGUGAAAAUCUCGACUGCUGUGAUUUCAUCCCUUGUUGUGAUGUCAUCAGUGCCUUUAUCAAUGUAUCUUCUCUCCGUACCGCUGCCAUAUCUCCCAGAAGGUUCAGUUUUGAGCCCCUAUUUCCUUCUCGGCAGUGCUGUCCUUCUCAUUGGUCUUAUCAUGUAUAACAUACCACGGGCUCAGAAGCAGGACAAAGAAUUGUGACUCGUUCAAAUCAUUGCAACUGAUGUCCUUCUAUCAAGAUUCUGGAUUUAAUAGUCAUCAUCUUGGAAAGUCAUCGAUCCACAAGGGUAUAAUCUCCAUCUUCUAAGAUGCAUUGUUCCCUGGUCAAACGGUGCGGCCUACCAGCAAAAUGGAUUUAACAAUGUCAUGGUUAAUUGACUAAUCCUACUACUGGAUGUCAUCACAUGCUAAGGUAUAGUUAAUCACCACAAGCAUUGACGUAUUCUGGAUUGUACUUGCACUGUUAGAGUGUCUUACAUUACAAGUGGAUCACAAUACCAAAGGACUCUUGCUAUGAAAUGACUACGGCGGAUUAAAGAAAUUUAAUUGCUAGAUCUUUUUGCUUAGGUUUGCCCGCAGAAGAGACAUUUGUGCAUUCCCUUUCUUUUCCUUUUUUUUUGGGUAGGCACAAGAUUCCAGAAAUAAAUUUUAUUCGAAGUAAUUAUUUCGAUUGCAAAAAAAAGAGAGAAAUUUAGGCUGUCAAGUAGCGAAGCGAGUUAUCUAUUGCCAGCUUUUCCUUUUCUGUUAUUCCAGUGAAGUCUUCAGCAAAUGGUGAAACAAGUUACGUA